AUGUGCAGGAUGAAAAAGAUGCCAAGUUCCUGUGCUCCUUCCUUCCGGCACAGCAAGGAGGGGGAGAGGAGCUGCCCAUGGGCAGAGCCAGCGUUGCUCCUCUCCAGCUCCUCUCCCGUCCCUUCUCUGCUCAGCCCCAUGGAGAAGCUCCUGCACCUCACCUUGGCCUUCCUGGCAGCGUCCUGUGCUGCCGAGAACGUCACCGUGGUGGCCGCCUGGGAGGGGGACACCAUUUCUGUCAACUGCUCCUACGACGCGCGGCAGUGGUGGCGGGAGAAGAGCUGGUGCAGGCAGCUGGACCAGAGCCGGUGCCAGCGCGUGGUGAGCGCCCCGCCCGUGUGGCUCCUGUGGCUGCCCUUCCCCGGCAGCAGGAGAGGCGCCACCUCCAUCAGGGACAACGCCCGCGCCGGGCUCCUGACCGUCACCAUGAGGCGCCUCCGCAGGGAGGACGCGGGGCUCUACCAGUGCAGAACGGAUUUCCUGGGCGAAACCAGGAGCCUGAGGAAGGUGCAGGUGGAAGUGCUGGCAGCAGCUGACCUGGUGACCCAUGUGCCAGAGGAGCCCAGAGCUGUGCAGGGCAUCUCCAGGUCCCUUCCUGAUGUGGAUUUCACUGUUUUCUACAUCCUGGCUGGAUUCCUGGUGGCCAAGUUCAUGGUGGCUGUGCUGGUCUGUGCUGUUGUCCGCAGCAGGAAGAACAGGGAGAGGGGGCAGAACCCAGGCCUGGGUGAGCAGCAGGUGCUCCCGCUCCCUGCCGACCUUGGACAUGAUGGAAUUGGCCUCCCCUGGGAGAGCUCUGCAUGAGCCAAGCCAAAGGGAAUCCACGGGAAAGGCAAAUCAGGGGUUUGCCGUCUGCCAUAAGAAAAGGAUCACUACUAACCACAGGUCUGGAAGAGCCUGUCACUCUGGAGAGGGAACGUCCCCAUCUUCCUCAUCACCUCUUCCCUUGACCUCAUCCCCAGGCAGUUAUUCCAGACUUCAUUCCCAGGACCAUUCCAUCACGGUCUGAACUGACACCCAUCAACUUCCCGUCACCUCAGGUGACAGAUUCUGUCUUUCCAAGGUGAGGAGGAGCAGCUCCCAAAAGCUGCUUUGGACAGUGGGGAUGCUUGGAGAAAAUCCCUGUGGAAAGGAACUGCAGGACACACCAGGAAAGGGACGUGGUGUCCUUGAAUUUCCGAGCCGGCCUCUCCUCUCUGAAGGGACUUUGUGAGCACAGGAACUGUCUCUCUGUUCUUCUCCCCGUGUUUUCUCUCCCAUGUGGUGGUUGCUCAUCCCUCCCCACUGAGCUGCACUCAGCUCUCCCAGGCUCCAAACCCUUUUUCCCUGCAAAACUAAAUAAAAUC